UGCUUUAACUGAAGCGCUGCUCGGAGGAGGGCGGAGUGUGUUUGCGAGGAUACCGAGCCAGAAAACUGAAUUAUUUCUAUAUUUUCCACAGAGCAGAGGAAAGAAAUCCAUUUCGACGCCUGCAUGGAUUGGAUCUAUUGACCGGAAUCGGAGGAAAUCUGAUCUAAACAAAGCGACGAAGCGCGAGGAUCUUGUUCUAAAACAUCACACAACAUUACAUAGCAACGAGACAAAUGUAACGGUGUGUUAAGGAAAGAAGACAACAACAACAACAACACAGGAAGCAGGAGUCAGGUAGGAGUAAAGCCUCUACAGGUGCACGAAAAACAGAGGAUGCUGUGAAGGGUGAAUAGAGAUCGGUGAAACUCAGACGGUGAAGCUCGCACAGGUUUAAAGGAUAUGGCGGUGAUCAGACUGUCGCUGCUGCUGCAGGUGGGCUUCGUUGUGGGCGCGCACUGCUCGGCACUGGCACCGAGAACGGACGAGCAUCAUCAGCUUCAUCAGCAUCAGCCUCAACAUCAGCAUCAGCAACUGCCGAGGGUCGUGGCCGCGUUUCUGCACACGGGCGACCCGUCCGCGCUCGAGCGCGCCAACUGCACCGGGAGGUACGAGCUGAAUGCGUUGCGGGCCGGCACGCGCGUGCACCAGCACCCCGCCGCCCGCCCCGCGCUGCACGCUCUCACGCACGCCGCCAGCUUCCUCCGGGCUCUGCUGAGAGAACGGGACCGGGAGCGGAACCUCGUGCGCGACCUGGAGUGGUGCCGCGCGCUAGUGCGUAGCGUUGUGGACGGCGACGCCAGGAUCCACCGCGCCGCCGUCGUGUUCGACGCCGCGGCGUCCCACUCCUCCUCCUCCUCCUCCUCGUCCGGUCACCCGCCGCGCGUCUUCCUCCAGGCCACGCGCCGCGGCGGAGACAUCGUGCUGCAGGACCUGUCCUCGUCGGCCCGCGACUUGUUCCGAAACGAGACCGCCGACACGGAGUGGUAUCACGCGCACAGACGCGAGACGCGACACGGGGAGGAGGGUCACGUGGCUGAGAGCACACACGUGAAGUGGUCCGCACCGUUCCUGGAGUGCGAGGCCGGGAGUUAUGUCCCGCGGUGGCUCCUGACCUUGUCCACCGGCUUUCACGGGCUGAAGCCGAACCUGUCGCCUGACUUCAGGGGAGUUGUUCGCUUGGAUAUCAGCCUACAGGAUGUGGAUAUUGAUCAGUGUUCCACUGACGGCUGGUUCGCAGGAACUCACAGGUGCAACCUGACCAGCAUGGAGUGCCUCCCCAUCCCGGGUCAUGGCUUCGUCCUGGACAAAUACAAAUGCCAGUGUAAGGGCGGCUUCUACCACCCCAGCCGAGUAGCCAUCAACGGCGACAAGAGGAAGGCUGUGGGCACCCGUGACCCGGCAGGUUCUAGCGUGUGUCUGCCCUGUCAGGAGGGAUGUGUCCACUGUAAGGACGAUACGCCGUGUGUGGCUCAUGGUGAAGGAUAUCUCCGUGUCUCCGUGCUGGUCUUCCAGGGCAUCUGCAUGCUGCUGGACUUCAUCGGCAUGGUGCUGCUUUACCACUUCCGCAGGAACAAGAGCAUCAGGGCUUCGGGGCUGGUUCUGUUGGAAGCCAUCUUGUUUGGAGCACUCCUUCUCUACUUUCCUGGGGUGGUCCUGUUCUUCCAGCCCAGUGUGUUUCGCUGCAUCCUGCUCAGAUGGGUGCGCAUGCUCGGCUUCGCCACCGUGUAUGGAACCAUCACGCUCAAAUUAUACAGGGUUCUGAAGGUGUUCCUGUCUCGCACGGCUCAGCGGAUCCCGUACAUGACCAGCUGGAAGGUCCUGUGCCUCCUGUGCAUCAUUCUCCUGAUUGUUCUCUGGUUCCUGGUGGCAUGGACCUUGGCUGUGUGCCAGAACCCAGACUGGCACUUGGCACUGAUCACCGUGGGCUUCACCCCAGAGGGUCUGCAGUUCAGUAUGUGCCUGCUGGACCGCUGGGAUUACAUGAUGGCAGUGGCUGAGUUCCUGUUCCUCCUGUGGAGUGUGUAUCUGUGUUACGCCGUGAGGACGGUGCCUUCAGCCUUCCACGAGCCGCGCUACAUGACCAUCGCGGUGCACAACGAGCUCAUCAUCUCAGCUAUAUUCCACGUGAUCAGAUUUACUUUUGCCUCUGAGCUGCACCCUGAUUGGAUGCUUAUGCUGUUUUUCGCUCACACUCACUUGACAGUGACCGUUACCCUGGGACUCUUACUCCUCCCAAAGUUUCUGUUUGCGGGGACGCACCUGAGGGAUGACAUCGCCACCGAGGCAUACGAGGAUGAGUUGGACAUGGGACGGUCAGGGUCCUACCUGAACAGCAGCAUCACAUCUGCAUGGAGUGAACACAGUCUGGACCCAGAGGACAUACGGACACCAGACGAAAUGGGCCAGCUCAGUUCUAUUAAUGGCUGUGGCGUAAGGUCUUGCGACAGUCUUUGGGAAAAAUAUACCAAUGAGGAGCUGAAAAAGCUUUAUUCCCAGUUGGAGAUUUACAAACGGAAGAAGAUGUUGGCUAACAACCCUCACUUGCAAAAGAAACGCAGCUCCAAAAAAGGCCUGGGACGUUCCCUCAUGAGACGCAUCACCGAGAUCCCAGAAACUAUGGGCCGCCAGCAUAGCCGCGAGGACAAGGAGCUGGGGGAGCAUGGGAGUAACUGUAACAGCAUCUGUGUCUUGAGGAAGAAUCCUUUUGAGCCAUCACAUUCAACCAAACCUGCCAAGGAGGAGUCCCUGAAGAACAAGGUCUUCUCCCUGAAGAAGUCACACAGCAGUUAUGAUCAUGUGCGAGACCAGAGCGAGGACUCAAGCAGCUCAGCAACUGAUAAGAUGGAAAUAUCCACCACAGAAGGAUCUCUUCUUGAAACACUGAUGGGUAAAAAGCUGGUAAAGAAAAAGUCAUCGGAGAAGAUGGACGUUGUCAGUGAGUCAACUGAAUCGGUUCCUUUGGUGUGUAAAUCAGCCAGCGCUCACAAUCUGACGGCUGACAAGAAACCUCUUCAUCCGAGGACGUCUAUGCUACAGAAAUCACUCAGUGUCAUUGCCAGCGCCAAAGAGAGGACCCUGGGUUUAACGGGAAAGAACCAAUCCAUAGAGGACCCCAACAAAAAUGUUCAACAAAAGAACAAAGAAGCUAAAAGCCCUGUUGAAAAUGAAGAGGGCUAUACGAAGAUGAUCAUCAGCCAGUCUGUUGAGUACAGGCAGACAGCUGGCAAAGCUGGAAUAAUGAAACAUCAGGUUAGUGAAAGCCAACCGGCAAUCUGUUCGGAGACAGCAAAAGGCAAAGAUGUUUACAAUAUUUCUGAGGUGUGUCCUUGGGAAUUAGAGGAUUUACCCACCCCCUCAGAGAACAGGGUACAAAAACAUGUGUCCAUCGCUGCAGAAGAGUCCACCACAAUCCACUCUAACAGCACCAAGGCAGCCAAACAGCAGAAGCAGAAAGGCACGGAUCAGUCGCCUUCUUCGACCCGGCGACCCAACCAGAAGCCUGUCGACAGAGCAGAUGUCUGUUCUUGGGAGGACGGUAGUAAAGAAAAUCAAGGUCAAACAGACAGGCCCAAAACAAAUUUCUCCAGCCAACUUGCCCAGUCUCAAAUACACACAUCUACAGACAGAACCAAAUCUCAAAAAGUGGACGUAUGUCCUUGGGAGUUUGACGAAUUGCCAAAAAAACCUAUAGACUCAAUGUGCUCUAUUGAUCAGGGCAGAACCAAAACUUCAUCUGCAGAAGUCAAAACCAAAUCAAGCACAAUCGCAAUGGACGUCAAAGGCAAGGGAGCUUUCCUAACUGAGGGGAAAGUGAAAGACGUUCUUCCUGAGGCCUACAAAUCUUCAGGAAGCUCUCUGCAGGCAUCUUCCAAGGCAGACAUCUGUCCAUGGGAUUAUGAAUCAACAAGCCCCACCACUGAAAAGAUUCCCAGUCCCUCUCAGGUUUCUAAAACGAAAGAGGCUACAAAGAAGGGUAUGGCCCCUGUGAGAACAUUCCAGAAUGAAAAAGAGAAGACGAAGGGUACGGAUGAUGAGAAGGCCAGAACAAAAUCAAAAGACAAGCCUCCUUCAGGUAAACUAACAGAGAGACCUCUCAGCCAAGCCAAACUGUCUGAGAUUUGUCCUUGGGAUGUGGACAGUGGUCAUGACACGGGUGAUGUGGAAAAACAGAAAAGUCCAAACACGGCAAUAGGGAAAACCAUGCAAGCUGCUAUACGUCCAUGGGAUUUUGAAGAUCCAGCGACGACUAAAGACGUGACAAGAAACACUGAUUCCUCUAUAGCGAAACAGAAAAGUCCCAAUUCGAAAGGAGUUCCAGGCGGUGGCAAAAUGGCAGAGGUAUGCCCAUGGGACUUUGAUGACCAAACGUCAACGAAAAAAGCAUGACAUUCGAUCAAUACGGACGACUAAAAACGUAGUUCUCAUCGUACUUGCAUUGUGUCAUCUUACAAAACCCUGGAAUAUGAACUCUAGAUAUCAUUAAUUACGGUGACUUCUGGGAAUAAAAUUAAGUCGCACAAGCUGCCUUUCUUUACAAUAUUUUUUUUCCUUUGUGCUUUUUGAAAAAAAAAAAAGGAAGAAACUUAAACGAAAAAUAAAUGCAACAAAAUCAUCAAGCAUUCCAGAUUCUUACAAAGUACUCUUUAAUCACAAACAGUAGUAUGAGAAUUAUGCAACUCUUUAUGUGCAAUGUAGAACAACCUGCCUUUCCUCAUCACAUAUAUCCUUAUUUAUUAAUCUGAAUUUUCUUAAUUCCAUUAUAGCUGCAUCUGUAGCAUGGUCUGUCUGACUAUGUCAAUCAUAUGGGAUUGUACAAUUAAUUACACGUUCCGGCAAACUUCCGGAGCGCCUGGAAAUAUUCUAUGUAUUUUAACAAUACUCAGAAGGAGCAUGCAUGAAUUGUCUUAGGAUAAGCAUGAUCUUUGGUGUUUUAUGUCGAAGUUGGGUUGGAAAUGAUGUUGCCAAAGAUGGAAGUGACGUACAAAGGUAUCAUGUGAGUAAUACACAAGAGUACUCGAAACGCAUAUCAAAUGCAAAUCUCUUUACUUUUCUGUUGUGAACCCAAUCCAUGUGGUUGCUUGUGGGGAAAAAGAAUUAGCCUGUAGCACUUUAGUAACUAGUAUAUUCUCGGACAAAAAGAGGUGUGUACAUACAUACAGUCACUGCAUUCAUGUUAAUCGAAUCGUUUGCGUUUACUUAUCGGGGUCAUCCUCGCACCGUACGUGAAUGUCUGACACACGUCGUCCAUUAUCGUUUUAAUGUUCCUCCAACACCCUUUCAAUGCUUCCGAAGUUGCUGGUAUGAACGUGCCUAUCUGAAGAGUCUUGUAUCAGUCCUACGUCGUAUUUAGGGAAAGCACAGCUUCUAUCCUGUCCCGUGUUUACGCACUUGUCUCCUGAGAGUCGAAUAAGUGACGGAAAUGGAAAUGCUUUAAGUCGCUUUAAGUGGAAUUUUAUUGGCACCCUUCGGGAAAAUGAAUAACUGCAUGCUUACCAUGAGUGAGCUUUAAAACAUAAACAUAUAAAUUAAAGCUUUAUAACUUGGUUCACGUUAGCAAGUGACAAAAUUUAGGCUGUUUAGAUUUUACGUACGUGUGCAACGUUUCAUCUGGGAUCUUCUCAACAAUACACAAAUUCGGUACGAUGAUCAAGGUGACAAAGCCAAAGAGCUAUUUCUCAGAAUGAUCCUGCUUGGUACAACGUUUCUUUUUCAGACUUUACUGCUUACCUGUAAUUACUUCCUGCUUCCUGUACCAUAAUUGUUAUUAAUAACGCUGGUUUCAUCUAAUGCUGUGAAACAACCUUUAAUUAAUCAUGUAGAUUAGAAAAAUAAAUAAUCCAUCCAUCCAUCCAACCAUCCAUCUAUCCAUCCAUCCAUCCAUAAGUUGCCUUUAUUUGUCACAUAUACAUUACUGCACAGUGAGAAAUUCUUCCUCUGCAUAUCCCAUCCUUGGACGGUUGGGGUGCAGGGUCAGCCAUGAUGCAGCGCCCCUGAAGCAGGGGCAUUUGGGGGCCUUCUUAGCAGAGGCAACCUGACUUUUUUCUUUUUUAAGAAAAACACGAACCCUAAAAUAAAAAUAUCCUGAUGUCAUCCCCAUCACAAAUGAAUGAAUGAAUGAUUCCAUCACCCUGAACCACCAGCAGCCCAAUAGCAUUAAUGAUCCCACAGCUCCGGACAAAUAUAUAACUGUUUACUGUUGCACUCGCUUCCCUUAAUCCCAAUACAAUCAGAUCCUCCAGGGUUCUACAUUAUUUUUGUGAUUGUUGCAGCCAAAAAUGCUCAAUUACUGGGGCUUACUUGUUUUUUGUGUACUUGAAUUGUUAAAAUCACAAGGACAGGAUUCUUCUUUUAAUCUUCUAGCAGUUAAACACUACUAAAUCCUUUUUUUUUUAAAUAAGAGCUCAACUCAUGUUCCAUACACGUGAAUGGAAGAGGAUAGCUUUGGAUGAAUGAUGUGACGGUGUCACACGACACAUCUCGGCCCGCAUCUGCAAAAAAAUCUGCGUCAUUUUGAAAUAAAUUGCUCUGAAUAUCACUGAGGAACUGGAUAAUACAUAACAUAUAUGAAGAGAGAGUUUUUGCAUUUAUUAAAAAAAAAUUCUUAUUUACAAUUUCUUGAAGGGUGCCAAUAAUUCCGGAGUUGAAUGACAGCCCUGGCUUUUCUCCUUUAAAAUGUUUCAGUCAUUGAGUUUUUAACAGGUUAAUGUCACAGUUCUUCUAAUAAUGUUCAAGACUUGGCUGUUUUUGUAGCAGUGUCUUUAUUGUUUCCUGACUUUUACGUUUAAUGUGAAGAGCAAAUAACCCUAACCCUAAACCCUAACCCUAACCCUAAACCCUAACCCUAAACCCUAACCCUAAACCCUAAACCCUAACUUUACAUGUCCCAUUUCCUGCUAGAAUCUCGGGCGUUUUGUCGACGCUAAUGGAUUGGUGGACGGUUUAUAUAUAUAUAUGGCAUAAGCCUCUGUACAGCAGGACGGUGGGAGUAGCGACGCUCAGAGUGCUUCGUAUAAACGAUUCAGUCUGGUCCGAGUCAGGAACGAUGUUUAAUGUUGUAUAUUGAUUUAAUUACAAAAAGCUCCAGUUUGAAUGGUCUUAGAAAGUUCAGGGUUCUUCUGUUGUUCCUCUAUGAACUUUAGGACCAGACCUGUAUGGUAUCUCACCCUUCCAGUCCUGUUUAAUGAUAAAUAUUACAAAUUAUAUGAUUUCUGAAUGGUCACUUUACACUUUAUCAGUACAAUAGUCGAUACACUGAAUCCAUGAUGAACGUUCUCACGCUUGUACAAGGUUACUAAGGUGCAACCUUACAAUUUCUUAUGAACAAAUGAAAAAUAAACUGAUUAAUAGUUUAUUAAAUGCAAGCUGAUCGAGUACUGAUAUAAAUUAGAACGAUCAAACAAACAAAUUCCGUUUUUUAUGCUCUAAUUAUCAUCAGUAGUUCUGAAUCUAGUGGAAUUAUUAAUAAAUCCAUAAAUAAAUCAAAUCAAAAACGUCGGAUCGAAUCGAUAACAACGAUCAGCGAAAUCACCAGUGUAUUAAAUUCAAUUAAAUGAACAUCUAUAGUGUAGAUGAAACUGUGUCUAAUUAGUUGUCAGUUAAUUCAGCACUGUGUACGGAUAGAGAGUGUACAAGUGUGCUAGUGUUCAGGUGAGUGAGAUAGUGAGACGGGUUGAGCUAAAUGUAAGAGAGGAGGUGGUCAGUUAGCUGUUCUGAGGUCAGUCGAGAAGCGAUCCUCGCUCCUGAUUGGAUCUUGUAAUGCUCAGGUUUGGUACAAAAUUUGAUAUAGAGGAUAAGGGAUGUGGAAGCUUAGUGGUUAAGGUGUUGGACUACCGAUUGGAAGGUUAUAAGUUUGAGUCCUGGAACCACCAAGCUGCCACUGCUGGGCCCCUGAGUAAGGCCCUUAACCCUCAAUUACUUGCAUAAAAAUGUAAGCCGCUCUGGAUAAGGGUGUCUGGUAAGAUGUAAAAAAAAUGUAAAAAAACAAAACAAAAAAACCCCAGAAACGUCUAAAAGAGUUUUAGAAAGAGCUAUUUAAAGCUAGUUUCUUACUUUCUCCAAUCUACAGUAUCACCUUUUCCAGAACCUCAGGACCCCUUUAUUUUCUAAGAGUGAAGCUAUUGUAUUAGUUCCAAAGAUUUUGAACUUCCUACAGACUCCAUAAAAGAAAAAAUGAAAAAAAUUCAAGAAAAAAUUCUAAAAAUUUCGCCCUCGUUUGAGAUGAGCCCGUGUCUGUGUCAGAGCUUUGAUGGCUGAUGGAAAAAAAAAGCUAUAUUUUUGAACCUGUUAUAGGAUGUCUUAAUGCAUUAAUCCAAAUUCGUCACUCAAGACUUGAAAAAAAUAAAAAAAUAAAUGAAAAGCCUGCUCGCCGUGUUGCAGUCUACUCGAGUGAGGCGUCCCAAAAACAACAGUGUGGUGGUUUAGAUGUUCUUAGUAUAAUGCUAGACGGACGUGUGAAAUCUUGCCGUCUUUGUCCCAUAGAGAAUGUUCCUGGGAAUGUUCGUUGUUUCGUAGUGCAUCUAUCUAGCGUGCCCGAGUCUGUCCAUCAGCUCUCCAGUGUGUCGUACGCCGUGAGCGGUCCUCCACUCGUCGUGACCUGCAGACAACCUUAGUUUCAUUUCUGUUGGUAUAUUUGUGUCUCUUCGCUUUUUUCCCCCCUGAUCCCUUAUAGAUGUGUGUGUGUCCGUGUGUGUGUGUGUGUGUGUGUGUGUAUGUGUGUAUGAGAGAGAGAGAGACUCACCAGGGAAACACUACUAACGACUACCACUUAAUGCUGUAAUGUCUUAACUAUCGCUCUCGUGGCUUCUGCAUGAUCCGAUGAAAUUAGUAGGACUGAUGUUACACUGCCCUUGAUAGAACUUUAAACUAAAAUAAAAAAAGAAGAAAGAAAUAAUCAAUUUUACCUUUGGUCUUUUAUGGACUGUUAACAAGUUGCAUAGUGAGUAAAACUGUAACUAACCCACUGUAAUUUGUGGUUGUUCUAAUAAAUGCUCUAUGACAAAGCUACUAGCAUACACUUAAUGGAGAUUUGGUAGAUUUAUAUGGUGUUGUGAUAGCAUGUACAUAAAAUACCUCCUCUGCAAUAAAUAUUUAUAUACAAAUGACUUGUGCUGGUUUGAU